GGCCGCCCGCAUGCGCGUGACGCGCGCCGACGCCACUUCGCCUCGCCCCGCCCCCGACCGACGGCGGGAAUUCUCGCUAGUCGCCGUCGGAGCGUCGCGCCUGCUGGGCUUUUGGGGGAGGGUAAAGGCCUGGGACGCCAUGGCCUCCGCCUUGCCGGGAGUCACUUUGCCCGCUGUCGUCGAGGAGCUCCUGAGCGAGAUGGCUGCGGCGGUGCAGGAGAACGCGCGAAUUCCUGAUGAGCAUCUGUCAGCGCUGAAGUUCAUCUUCGGCUCAUCAGCCAUCCAGGCCUUGGACCUCGUGGACCGACAGUCUGUCACCUUAAUCUCAUCGCCCAGUGGGAGGCGCGUUUACCAGGUACUGGGAAGUUCUGGUAAAACAUACACAUGCCUGGCUUCUUGUCAUUACUGUUCCUGUCCUGCCUUUGCCUUCUCGGUGCUGCGGAAGAGUGACAGCCUCCUGUGCAAGCAUCUCUUGGCGGUUUAUCUUAGUCAGGUAAUGAGAACCUGUCGGCAGCUAAAGGUCUCUGACAAGCAACUGACUGACAUAUUAUUUGUGAAGAAGCAACAAGCAGCACAAAAGGACAAGAGACUGUGAGUUGCAAGCCAGGAUGUGCAUAUAGUUUGAAGGUCUACAAUUUCUCCU